AUGGAGGAAAAGAGUUCACAUUACAAGGCAUCCCACUGCACCUGGCCCACCCUGGUCUGGCUGAGUGCUGCCAUUUGUAACGCCACAGAAGUUCAGGGCUUUUUCAACCCCAGCAAGAAACACUAUGAGGAGCAGGCCCCUCACCCGAUCCGGAGGGCAGUGAACCGUGUUUUAGACAGGGGCGGGGAAACAGGAGCCGCUGCACAAGCGACUCUCCAGGGAGGCAGCGGGUGCGCCCCCAGCACGCUGACACCCCCGGGGGUAACCGCAGGCGGUUAUCGCGGUCCGGUCCUUCAACUCCCCGGGUGUCCGGGGCUCCGAGCUCCUACACACAGCGCACCGGGGCCAACCGCAGCCCCAACGGCCUUUACCCCCAAACACACACUCCCUUCCCCGCACGCCAGCAGCCGCUCCCCGAGCUCCCCACACCCCGCUGAUACAGAACGAGGCCUCCCACCCCGGGAGCACCCAGCCAACCCCCCCGACCGCCACGGCUCCCGGGCCCAGCCCCUCAGUCAGUGCCGGCCCCGCCGCGGCCUGCCGCCCCCGGGGGAGGCAGGGGUAGAGCCGCACGCUGUGAGGGCACCAGGCGGCUCUGCCGCAGGCCCCGGUUCCCCUCCCCGCGGGCCCCGGCCCCGCUCACCGGCCGCCGCGGCAGGAGGGGCCGUUCCCUGGGCACCACCGCCCGCCGCGCUCGGGAGCAGCCCCCCCUCCCUCCGCGCCUACACCGUGUCGCCGUGA